UAAGGAGCAAGUCAAAGAGGCUCUGCACACUUUGCACAAGAAGUUCUUUUGCCAAGCUGUAGGUUUCUGUUUCCUAAGAGAACCUCCCCGGCACCCAGCAUAGUCACACACACGCAGAGGCAGCUCUGGCCCUCCACGGAGAAGAACAACAGGCAGCACCUCUGAGCCUGGGAUUAACUACAGCUCCAUUCAGCAGGCAUCUGGCGUGGAGACCUGAAAAAUGGCACUAGAUCUUCUGAGAUGCUUUCCUCUCUUCCUGGCUCUGCUGGGAUUGUGGGGGCCGGUGCUCCCACUUUGUGCUUGGCCUAACUAUCUCACCAGGGCUCACUGGUUUGAAAUUCAGCAUAUACAGCCAAGCCCUCUCCAAUGCACCAAGGCAAUGAGUGGUGUCAAUAACUACACCCAGCACUGCAAGCCUGAAAACACCUUUCUGCAUGACUCCUUCCAGAAUGUGGCUGCAACAUGUGAUUUGCCCAACAUUACCUGCAAGAAUGGCCAGAAAAACUGCCACCAGAGUCCAAAACCUGUCAACAUGACUCAAUGCAGCCUCACCCAGGGGAAGUAUCCUAACUGCAACUAUAGAGAAGUCGCCCAACACAAAUUCUUCAUCAUUGCCUGUAACCGUCCUCAGAAGAGUGACCCUCCCUACCAGUUGGUUCCUGUACACUUAGAUAAGGUUGUUUGACUUUUCCUCACACCUGGCACAGGUUCUCUCUCCUGGGUUUUCUUUGUUUGACUUCCUUGGUUCCCACAGAAGAAAUAAGGAAAAUAUUGAGGGUUAUUGGAAUGUCUUAGAUAGCCUAGAGUGGAGGCAAAAAGAAAGAAUUCUGUUCUGCUUUGAGCUCUGUGUGCUGUGAAGGAAGGCAGUAGAGAGAGGUUGGAGAAAGAUCGAGGCCUCCAUUUUAACCUGGGAACUUGUGCUGAGCCUUGUCACACACUGUAUUCACAGCAAUAAACA